GCACACUGAUCUGCCUUUUUACAGCUAGACCUGUGUGCUGCAAGGAGCUCGGGCCUUCAGUGUCCCCUUCCUUACCCAGGUUACUCACAAAAUGGAUUCCCAGCGGGAACUCACAGAGGAACUGCGGCUUUACCAAUCCACCCUUCUUCAGGAUGGUCUAAAAGAUCUCCUGGAGGAAAAAAAAUUCAUCGAUUGCACCCUAAAAGCAGGUGACAAAAGUCUUCCUUGCCACAGAUUGAUUUUGUCAGCUUGUAGCCCUUACUUCCGUGAGUAUUUUUUAUCUGAAAUGGAUGAGGGGAAAAAGAAGGAGGUCGUGUUAGAUAACGUGGAUCCUGCUGUCCUGGACUUAAUCAUCAAGUACCUGUACUCCGCCAGUAUUGAUCUCAACGAUGGAAAUGUGCAAGAUAUCUUUGCCCUGGCCAGCCGCUUUCAGAUCCCCUCGGUGUUCACUGUCUGUGUGUCUUAUCUUCAGAAAAGACUUGCUCCUGGUAACUGUCUAGCCAUCUUAAGAUUAGGACUUCUUCUUGACUGCCCGAGACUCGCCAUCUCUGCUCGUGAAUUUGUGUCUGAUCGCUUUGUACAGAUUUGUAAGGAAGAGGACUUUAUGCAGCUAUCUCCACAGGAACUGAUCUCCGUCAUUUCAAAUGACAGCCUAAAUGUAGAAAAGGAAGAAGCAGUAUUUGAGGCAGUGAUGAAAUGGGUGCGAACAGACAAAGAAAACAGGGUUAAAAACCUUAAUGAAGUGUUUGAUUGUAUCCGUUUUCGCCUUAUGACAGAAAAAUAUUUUAAAGAUCAUGUUGAGAAAGAUGAUAUAAUUAAAAGCAGCCCAGAACUCCAGAAAAAAAUCAAAGUUCUCAAAGAUGCCUUCGCGGGCAAACUCCCAGAACCUAGCAAAAAUGCAGAGAAGGCUGGGGCUGGUGAGGUGAAUGGUGAUGUUGGUGACGAAGAUUUACUUCCCGGUUACCUGAAUGACAUUCCCAGGCAUGGAAUGUUUGUCAAAGACCUCAUCCUCCUGGUUAAUGACACAGCUGCAGUGGCUUACGAUCCCACAGAAAAUGAGUGCUACCUCACUGCGCUGGCUGAGCAGAUCCCCAGAAAUCAUUCUAGCAUUGUUACCCAACAAAAUCAGGUGUAUGUGGUAGGAGGACUAUAUGUGGACGAAGAAAAUAAAGAUCAACCUCUACAGUCCUACUUCUUCCAGCUUGAUAACAUAACAUCUGAAUGGGUUGGACUUCCACCCCUGCCUUCAGCCAGGUGUCUCUUUGGUCUGGGAGAGGUGGAUGACAAAAUCUAUGUAGUUGCAGGCAAAGAUCUUCAAACAGAGGCUUCGCUGGAUUCAGUAUUAUGCUAUGAUCCCGUGGCUGCAAAGUGGAAUGAAGUUAAAAAACUGCCUAUCAAAGUCUAUGGCCACAGUGUGAUUUCACAUAAGGGGAUGAUAUAUUGUCUAGGAGGAAAGACAGAUGACAAGAAGUGCACAAACAGGGUGUUUAUCUACAACCCCAAAAAAGGAGACUGGAAGGAUCUGGCUCCAAUGAAAACCCCUCGUUCCAUGUUUGGCGUGGCAGUGCACAAAGGCAAAAUUGUGAUUGCGGGAGGUGUCACUGAAGAUGGUCUUUCAGCUUCCGUGGAAGCUUUUGACCUCACAACCAAUAAAUGGGAAGUAAUGACUGAAUUUCCCCAAGAAAGAAGUUCCAUCAGUCUGGUUGGCCUGGCUGGAUCCCUGUAUGCCAUCGGUGGUUUUGCCAUGAUUCAACUGGAGUCUAAAGAGUUUGCACCCACUGAAGUCAAUGACAUAUGGAAGUAUGAAGAUGAUAAAAAGGAAUGGGCUGGGAUGUUGAAGGAAAUACGUUAUGCUUCAGGAGCUAGUUGCCUAGCAACACGUUUAAACCUCUUCAAACUGUCUAAACUAUAAACAGGGAGAUGAAAAAACACGAUAGAAUGGGAUGUGUUUUGUUUGGAAAUAGGGCUUUAAUUUAUUCUGUUUUUCAAAAGCCCAUGCAGAGAUUCAUAUAGAAAUUAUUAACUAAAUUACUGUCCAUGAGGUUAGCAGUGGGCAUCAAAACCUCAAAGUCAUUGAAUCUUCAGUGUAAUGAUCAUUGUUUAAAACCAUUUUCUAGUAAGAAAUUAAAUAUUAAGUUGGAUUGUUUCUUUUGUUAAUCUGUCUCAGUCAACUGUAAAGGAGGUUUCUAAAUUUGAGUUGUUUACUAAUUCUUUCAUUUGCAUUGUUACGGUAACUUUACACUCAUUUUCUAUUAUAAAUUAAAUUGGAAUGGAAUAUUUACAUUUACAUUUUUUUAAUGUUUAAAAUAUCAAAUAUCACUUUCCCUUGUGCUUCAAGAUAUGACAAGAAUCCUAUGCAUUAUGUUAAAGAUUACAUGCCAUGAGAAAACUUUGGAAAUGCUUUUUAAGAAGUAUAAUAAAUGGGUCUCAUUUGAAGGGGAAAAAUCUCUAAGUAGUCAAA